UUUCUUUGAUCUAUGGUAUUAUCUAAUGUUAGGCCAAACUUUGUUCAAUGUGGUUAUCUAGGGCCAUGGAGGUGGACCAAGCUCAUUGAAUUUCCGAGCAUGGAAAGUGAGCAAAAUGCAGUGUGCAAAAACAGCAAAGCAGGAUGCAAGAAAUAAAGAAACAAUGGUUUUUUUUUUUUUUUUCGCUGUAAACAAUAAAUCCUGAUGUGUAAACAUCAUCAUAGCAGAUUAUACAGUAAUUUAAAUUACAUGUGGAUGAACCAUACAACACUAAUCAUGCCUUCCUUAUUAUUUUGUAAAUGAUAGCUUUAGACCAUUGGUUGGCUAAGCUGGCAGCCAAUCAGAAGCCAGGGUUUCUAAUUAUUAUCUUAAUUGUUUCUAGUUAGCAUGAAUGAUAUUCAGUUCCUCAAAUCUCCUUCCAUCCAACAGUGUUUUUUGUUAAGAACUUUAAAAGCAUCCAGCGUUGCCAGUUCUGAACAGACCUGCAGGAAAUUUUGUACACAUACUAGAGGUGAUUCCAGCAAACGUUAUCGUCCUUUUUUGAAGUUGAACCCCAGGGUUCUGGCUCCUACACCUACAAAACAUAACAGGGUUUUCAGCAAGGACUGUACGUUAUUGCCAUUACCACUAAUAGGGCACGUUGCAUGGAUGGCGUGGUCGGUUAAGGAUGUGUAUUAAAGAACUUAAGGUUGUGAGCUCGAAUCGCAUCUUGUGGAAAGGCAGUUUAGACUAAAUGGGGAUUGGUUUUAACCAAAUGCUAGUACAAUAUAAUUCAGAUAAAUAAACCACAGAGUGUUUCGGCGUCGGCUUUCUUUAUUCUCUGAAGAUUAGUCACACCACAGCAUAAUAUGGAGAUGCGCAUAGCCUUCUUCAUUUUACUGUUAAAUUUUGCCUUAAGUCUUUGUUCAGCUGAGCAAGGUUGCCUCAAUAUGGAAAUCCGAUUGGUUGAAUAUGAAUCAACCAAAAACUUAACUGUUGGAGCUGACAUCCAUCUUACAUGUCCAGUAACGAGUGACAGAACGUUGAAGUAUUCUUGGUAUAAAAAUGGUGCUAUACUCAUGCACGGCAGAGAACUGUUAAUUAGGAGAGCAGUUCCUGAUGAUAGAGGGCACUAUACUUGUUAUGGAAAGGACAAGGUGUUCGGAAGUUGUGCGGCAAAUUUCUCUGUUGAAGUUUCAGGAGGUUGCUCUGCAAAUAAUUCCAUAGGGAAACCUUUGUUAUUAAGAAAACAUCGUUUGCUUGUUGUGUACACUGGUCAACAAUUUACCAUGGAUUGCACACCAAUCAAUCUGGAAGCAAAUGUUUUAAGCGUUAGAUGGUUUAAAGACAACAAUUUGGACUGGAAAGUCAAAGACAUGGUCUCCCCAGUAUUGAAAUACACAGUCGAUAGUGCUACUGCAGCUGAUGAAGGCGUCUACCGUUGUUUUGUGUACAACUGUGCUGGCUCAAGUGAACAAGAAAUUCGUGUGAGUUAUUAUGAAAGAACGAAGUUAUCUGUCCGUAUACAGCCAGCAAAAAAUGUUACGCUGAUUGAAGGGCAGAGUGUUUCCCUCCACUGCAGCGCAUCAGAAAAUGGAGUCUUCUAUCAGUGGUUGAAAUGGGAAGAUAACAUAGGUCCUGAAAUUCGGGAAACGAACAUUGAAAAAUUCUAUAAAUUGGAGAAGGAAUGCAGUGAUGCUAAACAAAUCAUAUCAGGUGACAGUUUCUCGUGCUUGAAUACAGGUAGAGAUAUGGCUAUUAAAGUUGCAAAACCCUCUAAUUCUGGCAACUACACAUGUUUUGCUAGGACGAGUAAUCAGUAUGCAUAUAAGGGUAUCUGGAUCUCUGUUAUCAAGAAUGUUGCACAUCAACCAGAUACCAACAGUGUGCUGUCAAUAUCGCCCGAGACCACCAAAAAAACUCCAGUCGUCGUCCGUGCUUUCGUCGUCUUUGGUUUAGGUUCACUGCUUGGUGUGUGUCUUAUUGUUGGUUGCUGCAUUCUUAUAUACAAAACUCAGAAGGCAGUAGCAUACCACAAAGUGAAGAUGAGCAACAUUAACAACAUUGUAUGCAAGGUUGAAGCAAGCAAUAUCUACACAACAAAUUGUAACAUCCCCAACAAUGCUUCUGUUUCUAUCAAGCCAGAUAGAUGGGAAUUCCCUCGAGAAAGCUUGACAGUUGGGGAGAUACUUGGCGAAGGUGCUUUUGGUGAGGUACGACUUGCAAAGGCGUGUGGGAUAGCUGAAAAGAAUACAACAACAUUAGUCGCAGUAAAAAUGUUAGAAGCAUUGGCUGAUGACAAUGAGUUACAGAACUUUGUGUCUGAGCUGGAGUUAAUGAAGUCCAUCGGAAGUCAUCCGUACAUCAUUAACCUGAUUGGCUGCUGCACACAAAAUGGGCCUUUGUUGAUAAUUGUGGAGUAUGCUAAAAAUGGCAAUUUGCGAGACUUUCUCCGCCAAAAAUGUCAGUUAGAGGAAAUGCAUUCGGAUGAGGUGGAAGGAAAACUGUUAAUGAACGUCACAAGCCUACUGACGAUUGCCAACCAAGUCUCCCAGGGCAUGCAGUAUUUGGCAUCGAAGAAGUGUAUACAUCGAGAUCUAGCAGCCAGGAACAUUCUUGUUAUGGAGACAAUGGAGGUCAAGAUUGCUGACUUUGGACUAGCCCGAGAUGUCGAGGCUUUAGAUUAUUACCGCAGAAAAACUAGGGCAAGGGUACCAGUUAAAUGGAUGGCACCUGAGGCACUCUUUGAUCAAGUAUUCACCAUAAAGAGUGAUGCCUGGUCAUUUGGUGUGCUCCUGUGGGAAAUCAUGAGCCUUGGAAUGACUCCGUAUCCAGGAAUUCCAAUGGACAUGAUGAUAGAUCUGAUCUGGUCGGGCAGGAAGAUGGACAUUCCCCAAUGCUGCCCAAACGAAGUGUAUCAACUAAUGCUGGAUUGUUGGAAGUGGUGCCCGCAUGAGCGACCAACAUUCCCGAAUCUCACAUCAAUUCUAUCUGGGAUGCUGAAGAAUAAGUAAUCAACAUCAGAUGUGAAAGCGGUUUGGCGCAGCGUGAAAGGUUUGGUUUUCCAACCUCAAGGUCGGGGUUUCAAUCCCUCGCUGUGCAUUUCGCUUGUGUCCUUGAGCAAGGCACUUUAUCUGCAUUGCUUCUCUCCACCCA